AUGCACGUGGCUGGCAGAGCGUUUGAAAACAGGGCCGUGGGCUCCAGCUGGCUUGGCGGCAAGAGGAGGAGUCCCCUGCAGAUGCUCUACGACCUGGACCAGGGCCCGCGCUCCGCGCUGGCCGAGGUGCACCGGCAGCGGCGCGACCUCCUGCGCCGCGCCUGCAGCCACCACACGCGCCGGCAGCGCCUGCUGCGGCCGGAGGACCUGCGGCACGUGCUGGUGGACGACGCGCACGGCCUGCUCUACUGCUACGUGCCCAAGGUGGCCUGCACCAACUGGAAGCGCGUGCUGCUGGCGCUGAGCGGCCGCGGCCCAGGAGACCCGCGCGCCAUCCCCGCGCACGAGGCGCACGCGCCCGGCCGCCUGCCCUCGCUGGCCGACUUCAGUCCGGCCGAGGUCAACCGGCGCCUGCGCGCCUACCUGGCCUUCCUGUUUGUGCGCGAGCCCUUCGAGCGCCUGGCCUCGGCCUACCGCAACAAGCUGCAGCGGCCCUGGGGCGCCACCUUCCAGCGCCGCUUCGGCACCGGCAUCGUACGCCGUCUGCGGCCGCGCCCGCGCCCCGAGGCGCUGGUCCGCGGCCACGACGUGCGCUUCGCCGAGUUCCUGGCCUACCUGCUGGACCCGCGCACGCGCCGCGACGGGCCCUUCAACGAGCACUGGGAGCGCGCUCACGCGCUCUGCCACCCGUGCCGCCUGCGCUACGACGUCGUGGGCAAGUUCGAGACGCUGGCGGAGGACGCGGCCUUCGUGCUGAGCCUGGUGGGCGCGCCCGGCCUGCGCUUCCCCGAGCCGCCGUCCAGGGCCCGGGCCGCCGCGCGCGACCCUGCCGCGCGCCUCUUCCGCGACAUCAGCCCUUUCUACCAGCAGCGCGUCUACGGCCUCUACAGGAUGGACUUCCUGCUCUUCAACUACUCCGCUCCCUCCUACCUGCGGCUGCGCUAG